AUGGAUAAGAGUUGGUUAAAUCAGCCUAGAUUUACUACUGCUUAUAAGGAUGGGGUUCGAGAUUUUCUUCAAUUUGCCAUGCGUAAUGCUUUUAGUAAUGGAAAAAUAAUGUGUCCAUGUAUUCGGUGUGUUAAUUGUUCACAACAAACUCUUGAAAUUGUUAGAGAGCACUUAAUUUGUGAUGGUUUUAUGAGGGGAUACACUACUUGGAUAUUACAUGGGGAGGAGUUACCUUCUAAUAUGGGUGAUACAUCUUGUCCUUUAGAUAUUUCCCAUAGAAAUGAAAUUGAACAUGUUCCCAGUCCUCAUACCUUAAAUCCUCCUAGGUUACGCGAUAAUAUGGUAGAGUUAUUGCAGGAUGCCUUGCGUGAUAAUCUUCCAUCUAUUAAUGACACGCUAAUGGACGCAAAUGUCAUAAAAACUAGCUUAGGAGAUGGCAUUGAGGAGCCCCAAAAUAAUCCAAUUGGUAAUGAGCAAUUAGAUGAAACAUCAAAUAGAGAAACUAGUGAUAUUCAUAAAUUUUUAAAAGAAGUGGAUGUAGAGUUAUAUCCAGGGUGUAAGAACUUUUCUAAACUUUCAUUUCUGAUUCAUUUAUACCACCUAAAAUGCUUGAAUGGAUGGACAGGAAAAUCAUUUGGUAUGCUUCUUGAGUUACUAAUAGAUGCAUUUCCUGAUGGAACAACUUUAUCCAAAUCUGUUUAUGAAUCCAAAAAAAUAAUUCAAGCAUUAGGUUUAAAUUACGAGAAAAUCCACUCUUGUGAACAUGAUUGUAUGUUAUUUUGGGGUGAGAAUAAGGAUGAGGAAUCUUGUAAACGGAUAUAUGCUUCUGCUGAAACCGCUAAGGAAAUGAGGUGGCAUGAAGAUGGACGUAAUAAGGAUGGAUUAUUAAGGCAUCCUGCAGAUGGAGAAGCUUGGAAGGCUUUUGAUGCUCGUUAUCCUGAUUUCUCUUCGGAGCCACGUAAUGUGAGGCUUGGUUUGUGUAGUGAUGGUUUUAGUCCUUUUGGAAUAAUGUCCACUAGUCAUAGCACAUGGCCGGUUGUACUAAUUCCUUACAACACUCCACCAUGGAUUUACAUGAAACAAUCUUCAUUUAUCUUAUCAAUGAUUAUUCCAGGAAAAAACAGUCCUGGGAAUGAUAUUGAUAUUUAUUUACAGCCUUUGAUUUCUGAAUUAAAAGAAUUAUGGAGUGGUGUCUCAACUUUUGAUUCUUUUAAGAAAGAAAGGUUUUCUUUGCGUGCUGCUUUGAUGUGGACAUUAAAUGAUUUGCCUGCCUUAGCAAUGUUGUCUGGUUGGAGCACUAAAGGAAAAUUUGCAUGUCCUUGUUGUGCUUCGUCCACUAGUUCAAUAUGGCUAAAUAAUAGCAAGAAACAAUGUUACAUGGGUCAUCGUAGGUGGCUACCCGAGGAUCAUAUAUUUCGUAAACAAGCUGAAUUUUUUGAUGCCACUGAAGAGUUACGGGUAGCUCCUAUAAGAGCGAAUGGUAGUGAUGUGUUGAAUCAAUUAGAUAGAAUUCAACAUACAUAUGGCAAGCAAUCAAAAAUGAAAAAGAGGAAGAAAAGGUCUAAUGAAGGAAAUGAUGAUUCAUUAAUAGGGUGGAAGAAGAGAAGCAUUUUUUUUGAAUUACCAUAUUGGCAACAUAACUUGCUACGCCACAAUCUAGAUGUUAUGCACAUUGAGAAGAAUGUGUGUGAUAAUUUUCUAGACACUUUCUUGAAUGUGGCUGGUAAAUCAAAAGACAACUUGAAUGCUCGCCUUGAUUUGGAGGAAUUGGGCAUUAGGAGUGAAUUGCAUGCCCAAAAUUGUCCAAAUGGUAAACAUAGAUUGCCUCCAGCCUCUUUUACAUUAACAAAAAGAGAGAAAAAUAUCCUAUGUGGUGUUUUACAAAAUGUUAAAAUGCCUGAUGGUUAUGCUUCCAAUAUUUCAAGGUGUGUUAGAAUGAACGAGAAUAAAGUUGUGAAUCUUAAAAGUCAUGAUUGCCAUAUUUUGAUUAAAUACUUGCUUCCAGUGGCAUUAAAAUCAUGUAGUCCAUCAAAAGAAGUUAUUUCAAUUGUCAUCGAAGUAGCUUCUUUCUUCAGAUCAAUAUGUUCGAAGGUGAUAGAUAGUAAAAAUCUUGAUAAAAUUCAAAAUCAAAUCAUACUGACACUUUGCAAGUUGGAGAAAACUUUUCUUCCAUCAUUCUUUACUAUCAUACCUCAUUUAAUGAUUCAUUUGGUGGAAGAAGCUAGAAUGGGUGGUCCAGUGCAAUACAGAUGGAUGUAUCCCUUAGAAAGGUCAUUUGUAAUUUUAAAAUCAAUGGUACGUAAUAAAGCCCAACCUGAGGGAUCGAUUGCUGAAGGAUAUGUAGCUGAAGAGUGUUUAACAUUUUGUUCAAGGUAUCUUCAAGGGGUUGAGUCUAGAUUCAAUCGUCCCUUAAGAAACCCCGAUCCACCAAAUGAAAAUGUUAGAUACUUGUUUUCUAGUUUAGGUAAACCAAUAGGAAAAGGUGAGAAUGUCAUUUUAGAUGAUUUAUCAUUGAUACAAGCACAUCGUUAUGUGUUACGCCAUUCUGAUGCAAUAGAGCCAUUUCGUCAGUAA